AUGACUAUCAAGGCGUUGAGAUUUGGAGUCUUGGCAUUACGGUAUUACUGCUCGAGUACUAAUUCAACUGCUACAAAAACAAAAACGCUUCUGAAACCAGUAUAUUUGGAUGUACAGGCGACUACUCCUAUGGAUCCACGCGUAUUAGAUACUAUGAUACCAUAUAUGGUGAGUGCAUAUGGUAAUCCGCAUAGUAAAACUCAUUUUUAUGGAUGGGAAGCAGAAGAAGCAGUCGAGAAAGCACGCUUACAGGUAGCUAAAUUAAUUGGUGCCGAUUCACGUGAAGUUAUUUUUACGUCAGGUGCUACUGAGUCAAAUAACAUUGCUGUCAAGGGAGUAGCUAAUUUUUAUAAAGAAUCAGGAAAAAAUCACAUUAUCACAGUGCAAACGGAGCAUAAAUGUGUCUUAGAUUCAUGUCGUUACAUGUCAACCAAAGGUUUCAAAAUAACGUAUUUACCGGUUAAUAGAAAUGGAUCAAUCAGUUUAGAGGAAUUGGAAGAUGCAAUCACAGAUAAAACAGUUCUGGUAUCUGUUAUGGCUGUAAACAAUGAAAUUGGUGUUAAACAGCCCACUAAAGAAAUCGGUAAAUUAUGCCGAAAAAAAAAAGUAUUUUUCCACUGCGAUGCAGCCCAGGCAGUUGGUAAAAUACCUAUUGAUGUUAAUGACAUGAACAUUGAUCUCCUAUCUAUAAGCAGUCAUAAAAUUUAUGGCCCUAAAGGUAUUGGAGCAAUUUAUGUUCGUCGUAGGCCACGCGUUCGAUUGGAAGCGCUGAUGUCAGGAGGAGGACAAGAAAGGGGUUUACGGUCGGGCACUCUACCUACACCUCUCAUUGUUGGAUUUGGGAAGGCUUGUUUAAUCGCCAGUGAAGAAAUGGAAAUGGAUAGGAAGCAUGUCGAACGUUUAUCUAACCGGCUUUUGAGUCGUAUAACUUCUGAACUGGAUCAUGUUGUGCGGAAUGGCGAUGAGAAAGAAACUUAUCCAGGGUGUCUUAAUCUUUCGUUUUCUUGCGUUGAGGGUGAAAGUCUGCUGAUGGCAUUAAAAAAUGUAGCCCUUUCAUCAGGAAGCGCGUGCACGAGUGCAUCGCUUGAACCUUCUUAUGUCCUUCGAGCUAUAGGAGCAGAAGAGGAUCUAGCACAUUCUAGCAUCAGAUUUGGGAUCGGAAGGUUUACCACUGAAAAGGAAAUUGAUUAUACUGCUGACGUCUGUAUCAAGGAAGUGAAUCGACUUCGAGACAUGAGUCCUUUAUGGGAAAUGGUACAGGAGGGCAUUGAUUUGAAAAGUAUAGAAUGGAGCCAACAUUGA